AGGGGUGGGGAAAUAUGCGUUUUCCCGGAGUUUGGUAGAGUGCGUAAAGUAUCCAGGAGUUAUCGCGGCAACUUGGCCUGGGCAUGUCUCACAACACAAAACAACAGCAGACUGAGCCUCCCCGAAGCCCUGCGCCAAAUGGAGGGGUGUUUGUCAUGCGGGGGGUGAAGCAGGAGCAGAGCGAUGCCCCCCUGCCCCGCUCGGCUCACCCGUCAGACUCGACCCGGGAGGAGAACGCGGCCUCCCUCUCGGUGCAGCCGGUGAAGAAGCGGGGCUGGCCCAAGGGGAAGAAGAGGAAGAAGGUGCUGCCCAACGGGCCCAAGGCCCCGGUGACGGGCUACGUGCGCUUCCUGAACGAGCGGCGGGAGCAGAUCCGCGCCCUGCACCCCGACCUGCCCUUCCCCGAAAUCACCAAGAGGCUGGGCGCCGAGUGGAGCCGCCUGGUGCCCCACGACAAGCAGCGCUACCUGGACGAGGCGGAGCGGGAGAAGCAGCAGUACGCGCGGGAGCUGAAGGAGUACCAGCAGAGCGAGGCCUUCCAGAUCACCAGCGCCAAGAUCCAGGACAAGAAGGUCAAGAGAGAAGAGCUUACAUCUGUGAUUAUCAAUGCCACUAGCCUUGGACCAGCUGGAUAUAAGGGCUCGGACCUCUCCAACAGGUUCGACGUGCCCAUUUUCACAGAGGAGUUUCUGGACCAGAACAAAGCCCGGGAGGCGGAGCUACGGCGGCUGCGCAAGGCCAACGUGGAGUUCGAGGAGCAGAACGCCGUCCUGCAGAAGCACAUCGCCGACAUGUACGGCGCCAAGGAGCGCCUGGAGGCGGAGCUCGGGCAGGACGAGCGCCGCACCCAGGCCCUGCACCGCCACCUGCAGGCCAUCAAGCACAUGCUCGUCAGCAACCUGGCGACCGUCGCCCUGCCAGGCACGGGCGAGACCCCCUCCCUGGGCACGCUGGACUCGUACCUGACCCGCAUGGGUAGCGUGCUGGAGACCAACCCUCAGGAGCACCGCUCUCUGGUCAUCCAGCUGCAGGACAUCCUGGCACACCUGGACAGUGAGAAGCUCUGAUUGGCCGGGGCAGCAGAGCUGGUUAAGGACUGGCUGUGUCCAGCACACACACACACACACACACACACACACACACACACAGUACCCCAUCUCAUCACUGCUGCCCAUCUGCCUGGCUACGGAACACUGGCCUUCUCUGUGGGCUCAAUCUGUCAGUGCAGCACGCUUUCUGCCACUGAGCAAGAGGAGGGGAAUGGCAUUCAGACUGUUCUGCGUGUGUGUAUGUGUGUGUGUGUGUGUGUGUGCGCGCGUGUGUGUGUGUGUGC